AAUUAUUAUUUCCGGGUAGCACUCCCCCCCCUCAAAGAACAGUUCCCCCAAUCCAAAGAACGUUUCCUCCCCUCAAACAAAUCUUUUUAUUUGACAAUGUUGCGAGGUUUGGGCUCUUGGUUAGGUUUUGAGAACCCGGUGGAUGCCAAUUCGUCGGUUGACGCCGAGGAGGAACAGCAGAAGCUGGAAGAAAAAGUGGUGGAAGCUCAAAACGAGGUAAACAAACAACAACCAGCAGCUGAUGGCCACCAUGACGAAGGAGGACAAGAUGACUUGGAGACGAAUCAGGAACUCAAUAAAGGACUUGGCGAUUUCAUCUUCAGUUUCGCAUCCAACGCCACCAAGAAGCUCUCUGAGUCUGUGGUAGUGACGGCACAAAACAUCAAGAAGACUGUCGAGGAGGGAAAAAUUGACGGAAUCAUCGACAAGACCUUCCUGGGAGACUUCCAGAAAGAGCAAGAGAAGUUUUUACAGGAAAAGAAGUCCAAAAGAUCAGAAGCAGCAGUGCCUCCAUGGGUGGGCUACAACGAGGAGGAGACCAUCCAACAACAGAUCCUGGCCCUCUCAGCUGACAAGCGUAACUUCCUGCGCGACCCCCCGGCUGGCGUGCACUUCCACUUCGACAUGGGGCAAAUGUUUCCUCUGGCCACUGUCAUGCUGGAAGAAGACCAGCUGCUCAACCGCAUGCGCUUUGACCUGGUGCCCAAACACGUGAAGGAGGAGGUGUUCUGGAGGAACUACUUCUACCGCGUGUCGCUCAUCAAGCAGUCGGCGCAGCUGACGGCGCUGGCGGCCCAGCAGAAACAGCAGCAGACGGCGGGCGACGACGGAGACGAUGCCGUCUCACCCCAUGAUGUCAUCUUAAAGGAUAACGUCAGGCCCAAAACGCCGCCUGUUUCCAUCGGCGACAAGCAGCAGCCCGUUCAGGAGGAGGACUUUUCCAUCUCCACCAGUCCAGGCGUGGCAGAAUUUGUGAGCGACGCCUUCGACUCAGCCGCCAUCGACCACGAGGACCUGCAGAAGGGAAUGGAGCAGCUGGUGCUUGACAUGAAGGACAGCGCUCCCCAGGCUGAUGAAGAGCAGUCGGACUGGGAAAAGGAGCUGCAGCAGGAGCUCCAGGAGUACGAGGUGGUGGCCGAGUUGCAAAACCCAGACGAGCAGUGGGACCAGGAGAUCGAGGAGAUGCUACAGGCGCACGACACCUAAAGCCUGUCACGGUAUGGUCGUUGCUCUCGUGUAUAAGUGGACGCUCAACCGUGAACGUUUUCCGGAUGACCAUCGAGCUGAGAUUUUUUUAUAUUAGCAAGAAUGCCUGGUCACCUCUGCUAGGAAAUGAUGUAAUGGCAGAGAAAGGACGCUAGAGGGCGCUCCAACGCAAAUAAUAUUAACUGAGUAGCGUCGUAAAUGAAACUUUUCUGUCCCUUUUUUUCCUUUCUGUACAGUCAAAACGAUUUAUUAGUUAUUAAACAGACAUGUGAAGUAUAAAGUUGGAAUAUGUAAAUAAAAACUUUAAAAAAAAUCA